UUCAUAUUCCCACUUUUCACUACCGAUCUAGGAUUCACCGGUAGUGGAAUCCUAAUAGUGUUAUUAUAUUUUUCAUAUUGUCAUUUUCAUUCCCAAUUUUCAUACGCGUUCAAUCUCCCUCCCACUGCAAACUCUCCAUUCUCAAUCGUCCCAAGUUCUUCCAAAUCGUCCCAAGUUCUUCAAAUCAAACACUCCAAUUUCCCAAUCAUUCUCCAAUCUCUCCAUUCUCCAUUCUCCAUUCUCCAUUCUCCAAUCUCUCCAAUUUCAUUCGGUUUCAUUCUCCAAACCCUAGAAUGCUUGAAUCGCCUCCAAAUUUCUUCGUUUUUAUUCGGUAAAGGGGUUGCUGUGUUAGGCGGUGAUUGCUGCUCCUGCGUUAGGCGGUGAUUGCUGCUCCUGCGUGUUGCUUGUGCUGUGCAGGGGCUGGUGUUGCUCUUUUUUGGUGUUGUCAUCUUUGUUUGAAGUUAGAAGGUUCAAUCACGGUCUCAUCUACAGGAAAAAAGUCAAAAGGGUAGGGAGAAUCAUGCAAAGAAUGUUUACCCACAUGUAUUAUCCCGUGGAGGGUAUAAGAGGCUCGAGGAGCAGAUGAUCAAUGAAAACAGAUUGUCCUUAUCGAAAGAUAGUUCUGGCUUAACUGAUGAUGAUCGUCAUCCAUCUCCACCGGAACGCUAUGAGACAUGGACGAGAGCACGACAAAAGAAAGGGGGAGAAUUCACAUCCGAGCCUGUAAAAAAAGUUGCUGAGAAAAUUGAGAAAAUUGUUGAAGACUCAAAAAAGGGUGACUUUGUUCCAACGGGACGUCACGAUGUCCUAACAGAAGCCAUUGGAACACCUGAGCAUGGUGGUAGUGUUCGUGGUGUUGGAAAAAAACAUAACAUUACCACUUACUGGGGAAGAUCAAAGGUUUCACGUCAAAGUCAAGGUAUAGAUGUCAAAGAGCAACUAGCAGCAUUUAAAGCAGAUUUGGAAGCUAAGUUUGAGGAAAAGUUGGCGCAAGAGCGUAAGAUGAUGCAAGAUUCUCUUAUGGAGACACUAAAGUCCAUGGGUUUAUCCCAAACCUCUGAUACAAAUAAUAGAGUCAUGGUACCUGAAGCGCAAACUGAACAACUUGUUGUCACCGGAAGCGCAAAAGGGAGUUGUUCUCCUGCACCGGUCAAGAUGCAAAAUGAACUCAAGGAGGUUGUUGUCACUGAAAGCGCAAAAGGAAGUCGUUCUCCUGCACCGGUAGCAGAGGCUCAAGAUAACAUGGACGAUGUUCAGAAAUUGUUAAUCAUGGUUCUGAAAAGGGGUGAUGAUCAUUUGGAUGUAGAAUUAAUUCAUUGUUCAAUGUGUACUAAUUUUCUCAUGUCUUGCAAGUGUAUAAGAGAGUUGUUGGUGGGUUCUAUUUGGCUCGACAUGAGUACUCUAAGUGUUUGGUGCUCGUACAUUCAUCGUUUAUGCAUUGAAAACAACACCACAAAUGUAUAUGGAAUUUUGGAACCAACUUUUCUGAACAUUGUUGGUGAUGCUGGGAAAAAAAGUGAUCAGAGAAUAUCUCAAAGUAAAUGCAAGAAAUACAUCCAGCAUAAGUUACAAAAUGAAAAGAAAGAGUGUCAAUUAUUACCAUUUAACCAUGUAGGACAUUGGCAGUUGAUAAUACUUUGUCCAAAGAUAAAUACCGUGGUUGUUAUUUGUUCACUACAUUGGAAACUUAAUCCAAUAAUGGAGAAAAUUGUUUCAAGUGUUUUUACGGUUGAUCAAAUGGCGAAUGGCAAUAGAAAGAACAAUACCGUAUGGCUUUAUCCACAAGCGAGGAAACAAUAUAAUUCAAAUGACUGUGGAUACUAUGUAAUGAAAAAUAUGUUGGACAUUGUCACUGCUAAGAUAACUGAUUCUUGGAUGGAGGUAUUUAAUGACCCAAAAGAGUUAACUGCUGAGGAGAUGUAUGAAUUGCGAUUACGUUGGUCAACAUAUUUUUUGGAGUUAUUGGAGGGUUAAGAUUUAUCUGGGUGAUGAAUUGGUUAUUAGCUUUAGUUUGAGUCUUGGAAGCAGAUCAGGUGAUGGAAUUGGUAUUUUGGCUCGGAUGUGCAUCUCACUGUUUUGGACUGUUUAUUUUGGACUAUUUUAGGAUGGUUUUAUGAAGGAAUUGGUAUUAGAAUUGGUAUUUUUGUGAUGGAAUUGGUAUUUUAUGAAGGAUUGGUAUUUUAGAAUUGGUAUUUUAGGAAUUGGUAUUUUAGGAUUGGUAUUUUAGGAAUUGGUAUUUUAGGACUGUUUAUCAGGUGAUGGAAUUGGUAUUUUAGGAUGUGCAUACUGUUCUAGAGUUUUGAUUUUU